AUGGACAACAAUCGCUUCGACGUGCGCGAAGACUACUAUACCAUUCUUGGCAUCUCUUACGAGGAUGCCAGCGAUGAAGCGAAGCUGAAACAAAGCUAUCACAAGCUCGCGAAGGCUCUCCAUCCCGACAAGACUGGUCAAUCUGACAGUGAGCCGUUCAAGCAAGUCUUGAAGGCUUAUGAGGUCCUGAAAGACGCGACGGUGCGAAGGGCGUACGAUAAUGCUCGACGAAGCCAACAGUCUCAGCCCUCGUCAGGCGCCUUUGAGGAGAACAACGACGCGACUCGCCGCGCUCCCGGAAAAGCAGAGACACGAUUCCAAUCGUUCUUCAAGCCACAUUUCGCGAGCUCCAAACCCACACACGCUCAGUCUGCCAAUACAGCUGAUACAGAAGCUUGGCAUUUCGAUGGCCCAGGCAAUCGAAACACCCCGAUGAUUAUCUCGGCCGCCGUGGAGCUGCUGGCGUCGUUGCUGUUGGUGGUCGUAACACUGGCCAUCUGGCGGCUUGUCAUAGCCAUCGCAGCUGCUGUGUCGCUGCUGGCGUCUGUCGCGGUAUUGGCCUUUAUGCGGCUUGUCAUAGCCAUCUUGGUCGUAUGCGUCGUUCUUGGACUGUAUCUGAUGGUGGCUAUGGCCUUCGCGGCCAUCAUCAAGGGGCUGGCAACGCCUGACACUGCAAAAAUGCGUAAGCCAUUCAGACGUCAGUACAAGGCAUUCAAACGCAAGCAACGGUCCGAACAAGCACGCGCCGCGCCCACGAGCUGA